AUGAGCAGCAGCAGCAGGAAGCAGGACACGCUCUGGGCGGCCUACAGGCGGCAGCGCCAGCCGCCAGCCAAGCGACAGAAGCUACAGGACGCCACUGACGUGUCGGUGCUGCAGUCGACGCCCAGCGAGGCGCCCUCGGACGACGCCGGUACCUUAACGGAUGCGGACUUGUUCUCGUCGCAGGAGGACGCGCUGAGUGCUGAGGAAAGGGGCGUCUGCACUGGUGCUUCUGCUUCUCUAGGGAUGCAGGUGGAGAUGGAAAUAGACAGAGUUAAGACGGCGGAGUGGAGCCACGUGCUCAAGACGCAGGAGAUGAAGCAGCAGAAGGACACGUUGAAGUUGAACGAGCGAAAAGAAAUCAUGGACAGCGUACAUGGGUUGAUGACGUUCGAGCCGAUCUGCAUGAAGAUCAUUGAUACGUUGCAGUUCCAGAGGCUUCGUAAUCUGCAUCAGCUUGGGGCUGCCAACCAUGUUUACAUUGGAGCCACGCACUCCCGCUUCGAGCACUGCCUUGGCGUGGCCUACCUCGCUGAGAAGAUGAUGGAGAGCAUUCGCUCGCACCAGCCAUGGUUGCCCAUUACAAAGGAAGACAUACUGUGUAUCAAGAUCGCGGGCUUGUGCCACGACCUUGGCCACGGGCCGUUCAGCCACGUCUUUGACGGGUUGUUCCUUGAUCAACUGCGCAAGAAGAAGCUCAUCAGCGAGUCCUUCAAGUGGUCGCACGAGCAGGGCUCCGUCGACAUGUUCGACUUCUUGCUGGCGGAGAACAAUAUCUGCGUUGAGGACUACGCACUGACGCAACAGGACGUGAUCUUCAUCAAGGAGCUCAUUUGGGGUGGACCUCUGCCCAAUUCCAACGGCGUUCUAUGUGGCAGACCGUCCCGGAACCAGCGCUUCCUGUACGAUAUCGUGAAUAACGCCCACAGCGGUCUUGACGUGGACAAGCUCGACUACUUCAUGCGCGACUCGCUCCAUACUGGGGCCAAAAUGUCGUGCGAUACAGACUUGCUGAUCCGCAAUGCUCGAGUGUUGGUGGAUCGCGAAGAUCCUGAGGAGAAUAUGGUGGUGUGUUUUCCCGAGAAGCUGCCGGGGCAGAUCAUGCAGGCUUUUCGGACUCGCUACGAGCUUCAUCAGUCUGUAUAUCAGCACAAAGGCGUUCGUGCGAUCGAUUACAUGUUAUGUGAUCUUCUGAUCUCGGCAAAUGAUCAUUUGAAGAUCAAAGGAAAGCGCAUUUCGGAGAUAAUGAGCUCGAUGGAGGCUUACCAGCACUUUGAUGAUCGUGUGCUUCUUAAAGUCCAGGAGAGCGAUGAACCUGGGCUGCAAGAAGCGAGGUCGCUGCUAAAUCGCAUCUACUCCAAGCCGUACUACAGCUUCGUCGGCAAGACAGCGAUAACCGAUCACUCGCAGCAGAAAACGGAGGACAUGCUCCUGAAUGAGGUUUUGCGUUGCUCGAAGCGCCGAUCGCUUGUUGAUCAGAACGAGAACGUGAUCCUCGAGUUCAUGCGCGUUCAUUACGGGAAGGGAAAGGAAGACCCGCUCCAGCACAUUCGAUUUUAUUCCAAGAACGCCACGGCGAGUGCCCGGUGCUUCCGUCUGCCCGAGUGUGCGUACGAAAUGUUCAGUCCGCGGAAGUUCGAAGAGUACUGCAUUCGAGUCUUCGUGAAGGAGCCGAACUUGGUGGCUCCCGUCCGAGAGGCGUUUGAGAGGUGGUGCCGCAAGUACAAUAACUCGCAGGAGUUUCCGCUCGAGUUUCAUGCUUGA